UAGGCCUUCCUGUGUGUCAGCCAUUUUGAGAGAUAUCACUGGAAGUGUUCGCAGUUUUAUCGUGCAAAAUACGGGCUUUAAAAGUGUGUACGACUUGAAGAGGUGGAGAAAACUAUGAAUCCUACUAGGAAAGUUCCUGUGACCCCCUUGCCGCCCGGGCUGCCAACAGUGGUGAUGGGAGAUGGGACCAGAUGUCUGGUAGACAACAACACUAUCUGGAUACCAGCUGGUAAUCCUGUUAACCUCUCCCUGGGUCCUGGUUACCUACAGCCAAGACUCCUGCAGCCUGGAGUUCAGCCAUCUGUGACUGGUAUCCCCCUGCCUCCUGCAGUCCAGGCACCACCUUGCAGUGGACGUAGGGAGAUGAUGCCUGUCUGCCAGCUGCCUGUCAGCCUGCCCAGUUCAGAGAUGGACCUACAGCUGAUGAGACCAGAGGUAUUAUUAUAUUUAUGCUAAUACAUGUACCAGAAUGUAACACAAAAAGUAUGAUUUUGUUUUUUAAUCAAUAAAGAAUCAAAAUGAGA